AUGCCUCCCAAGAGAAGGGUCCGUGACGAUAACGGUGAGGCGCCAUCCACCUUGGCCGGUGGUGCUGCCGUCAAUCGAGAGUUGCCUCCGUUGGCAUCGCGACUUGACACAUCGUACGGAUCUGCACCUUCCACGAUUCUACGGAACACUCGCCGCGGUCAACAACGCAACUUGCAAGACAUUAUCAAGGAAACACUACACAACAGCGAUGAUUCUGAUGAUCCGGGUGACCCGGGCGACCCGGACGAUGGGGAUGGAAGCGAUGAUGGCGAUGAUGCCAGUCCCAGCAGCGGUGAGAACAGCAACAGCAAACAGCCACAGCCGCCUCCUUCUCGAAGCACAAGGGAAACAAGGCAAACAAAGUCGCCAACCCCCAAACCAGCGCCAAAGCCCAAUCCGCCGCGUAGAGUGCAACCGAGUCCUGAUCCAGACCCUGAUCCCGACCCGAACUUCGACCAAGACUUCGGUCCUUAUCGAGAGUCCUCAGAAUCCCCCGAUCCAUUAAGGGAUGCAACACCAGAUCCGCCCCUCGCCCGGCGCUCACCGCGACGACAAUCACCAGUCAAACCCGCUCCCUCUAUCAAACCUCCUUCAUUCCACCAAGGCCCUCUAGUUCCUCCACAGCAGUUUUUGCCAGCUGCUGCACCGCCAAGAGGGCAAUUCUCAACAAAUUCACAGUCGAUGAAUAGGAGAGCCAGCUCGGAAGAUCCUGCUCAAGGCCUGACACCUGCUAGACGAUCUCUUCCUGCUGCAAGCUGGAACUCCGUCUUCGCCCGAGCCAUAUCCGAAGAGCCCUAUUCCCAGUCUCGCUCUCAAUUCACCCAAGGCCCUCCGGAGCCGACUCCGACACCAGACUCAGUUCGCACCUUUGGCCAGGAAAGCUCACUCUAUGGGGGUGCCGAUAUUGGCUCAACCCCGUCGCAGUCUCUCUCUUCAGAGCGUGGUGGUCGCAUGCGGUCAAUAGAGGAGAGCGAGGAACCCUCUCCGCCCAAAGAACAGAGGAGAGGCAUCGAUCUACUCAGUCCAUUGAGGCGCCUGGCACGCGAUCCCCGGCACAACGCGCAAAUGGCACAGCGAAAUUUGAGUCAGACCAUCCCUCACCAAGAGUACCACGCGUCCACCUCAACAGGAGCCACCAAGUACACCGCCAUCAGAUCGAUUUCGCCAGCGCAGCAGUAA